AUCAUCACUCCCUUUAUUUAUCAUUCAGUUUUUAUUUAUGGUGUGUAUAAUGAGCAUUGAGCCUAUGCCACUGAUUUAGAUUCACAUAAAGUUGUUUAUCUUGUCUUUUGAUUCUUAAUCAUUAGACUCUUUUGCCUGUGUUAUUCCUUUUCUUCUUGUCCUUUCCUUCAAAAAAAAUCUAUUGACUCUUUGAAAUCACUUUUUGUAAGCACUUCUCCAGAAAAGCUCGUUUUUACAGGGUGUAAGAAGUAAGAUCAAGUUCAUAGCUCCCUAUAAGCUAUACCCUCAAAUCUCAAUGCUUUUCUUGGUUGUAGAAGGAACACUACAACACACAAAAGAGCAAUGAUUAUGGAGGCUUGCUGAAGUAUCAAAAUUUUCUGAUUUUUUUGGAUGAUACUCUCCUAGAUGAUAAUUAUGUGGAUUGAAAGAUGUUAGUUUUGAUCUGGGUUUUUGCUGGAAGGAAGAAAAGAAGGUUCUGAUACACUAAUUAGAGUUGAAAACAAAAGGGGUUCAUUAGGAAGGUGAAUCCAAUGGAUACACAAACUGUGCUGCAGCCACAAGCAAGCCCUCCAAGGAAAAAAAUGGCCAAACAAUUUACAGGGAAAAGGGAUGAUGCACCUUUACACUCUGCAGCAAGGGCAGGAAAUCUGGCAGCUCUGAAGGACACACUCAGUGGUGCUGAAGAAGGGGAAUUGAGAGAGUUGUUGGUAAAGCAGAACCAAGCUGGAGAAACAGCACUUUAUGUUGCUGCUGAAUAUGGACAUGUUGAUAUGGUGAGGGAGUUGAUUAAACAUUAUGAUCUUGCUGAUGCUGGAAUCAAAGCAAGAAAUGGUUUUGAUGCACUCCACAUUGCUGCCAAACAAGGGGAUUUAGAUGUGCUGAGGAUACUAUUGGAGGCUCAUCCUGAAUUGUCAAUGACUGUGGAUCCAUCAAACACCACGGCGUUGCACACGGCUGCAACACAAGGGCAUACUGAGAUAGUGAAGUUUCUUUUGGGAUCAGGAAGUAGCUUGGCAACCAUUGCUAGAAGUAAUGGGAAAACAGCUCUGCACUCGGCUGCGAGGAACGGGCAUUUGGAGGUUGUGAAAUCACUUCUGGAUAAGGAGCCCGUGAUCGCGACACGGACUGAUAAGAAGGGGCAGACGGCGCUUCACAUGGCGGUGAAGGGGCAAAGUCUUGAGGUGGUGGUGGAGCUGAUAAAAGCAGACCCUUCAACAAUAAACAUGGUUGAUAAUAAGGGUAAUGCGGCGUUGCAUAUAGCAACCAGGAAGGCCAGAGCUCAGAUUAUUAAGUUGAUACUUGGACAUUCAGAAACAAACGCCUUGGUUGUUAAUAAGUCUGGUGAAACUGCAUUAGACACUGCUGAGAAAACCGGGAAUUCUGAAAUUAAAGACAUUUUGGUGGAACUUGGUGUUCAAAGUGCCAAAUCUAUAAAGGCAAAGCCAGCAACCGGCACAGCCCGAGAACUGAAACAAACAGUUAGUGACAUAAAGCAUGAAGUCCACUACCAGCUAGAACACACGCGCCAGACGCGAAAAAGCGUGCAAGGCAUCGCGAAACGCCUCAACAAAAUGCACGCUGAAGGGCUAAACAAUGCAAUCACCUCCACGACCGUGGUCGCAGUCCUCAUCGCGACAGUGGCCUUCGCGGCCAUCUUCGUCGUCCCGGGCCAGUUUGUUGAUGAUCCGAAGCAAAUUCCUAAGAAGAUGACGCUCGGUGAAGCGAACAUAGCCCCACAGCCUGCCUUUCUCAUCUUCUUCGUGUUCGAUUCUAUCGCGCUCUUCAUUUCACUGGCCGUGGUGGUGGUUCAGACGUCGAUCGUCAUUAUAGAAAGCAAGGCCAAGAAGCAGAUGAUGGCCAUUAUUAACAAGCUAAUGUGGCUGGCUUGUGUUUCAGUUUCUGUGGCCUUCUUGGCUUUGUCCUUUAUUGUGGUAGGGAAGGAUCAGAGGUGGCUUGCAAUUGGAGUAACAAUUAUAGGGACUACUAUAAUGGCUACAACUUUGGGCACCAUGAGUUAUUGGGUCAUUAGGCACAGAAUUGAGGCCUCAAAUUUGAGGAGCAUUAGGAAAUCUUCAAUGGGAAGCAGGUCAAGGUCUUUUUCAGCAUCUGUUUUAUCAGAUUCUGAGCUACUGAACAAUGUAAUGUACGCGAUAUAGAGUUACUUAUAGCAACAUGUCUAGUUUCACGGUUUGCACAUAAUCUAAGGCACAUUCUAUCAGAAGAUAAGACUUGUAGCUUCUAAUGAGAUUAUGAGAAGUGGUUAUAGAGCAUUUUUACCGUGGAAUCAUAAUAUGAUAUUAGACCUUUUUCUCC